CAUGUUCUGUGUUGAUCGCUAGUAAUUAAGCCAUCUAAAUUGCGAAUUUAUUUCCCUCACCAAAAAAACAUGUAGAAUGAGGAGUUAGAUCUUAAAAGAUAUUUUCAACAAUAUGGCUAAAAAUAUUGAGCAGAUAGUUGCACUGUUGAAGGAAAGUGUGGACAGUUUGAGGGGAACUUGUGGUGCAUUAUCGAAGGAUGAUAGGGUAGCUAUAUAUGACCAGCUAGGGGAAGAUGGUAUUGUGAAAGCUGUAGAACAAGUUCAUCAGAUACAAGAGAAGAUUCUUGAUGUUCAACUUCAUCAAAGAACUGAAAAGUUGAUGGCUAAACAUCAAAAUGAAAGAACAUCAGAUGAAAUAGAGGAUAUUAAAAUAUCAAGAAAUCAUUUAAAGAGACUAAAAGUAAGGCUAAAGAAAAUCCAAGAUAUUGGUGAAACUGAUUCUGACAGUGAUGUCAUAAUAGGAGGAUCCCCAUUGGCCAGUUUGAAAAUAACUGCAGGUUUAAGCAAAAAAUUGACCAAUGACAAUGAAGAUGACUCUGAUGUCACUGUUGACCUUGAUGAAGAGGAAGGUCAAAGUUCAGUGAAUGAAAAAAAUGAUCUGAAUAGUAAGGAUUCAAUAGAUUUGACAAUGAAUGAAGUAAAUACAAACAAUAAUAUGAAAAAGGUUUCUGAAACAGAGAUAGAUUGGGACUCUGAUAAUACUGAUGACCUAGAGAAUUUUGAUAACUUUGACCUUGAUGAUGUUGUAAAGUCAACUCCUGGUAAAUCAGAAGAAAUGAAACCCAACGCAGCCAAUGACAGAAAAAAGCAAACUAACAAUGAAAACAAGGAACAGAAACCUAAGGAGGAGACCACAGUUGACGAAGAUAAAGAUUUAUUUGAUGAUGAUGAUUUUGGCGAUGAUGAUGAUUUUGAUGAUGAUGCUCUCCAGGAGUUGGACGCAGCAGAGAAAAGUUACACAGAGAAUUGUGACACUACCCCACCUGAUGUGGAGAUAGUAGAGAAUAAUGAUGAUGACGAAAAUCAGCCUCAAGAUCAGAAAUAUUUUCAAGUUCUAAAACAGUACUUUGGAUAUUCAAAAUUCAGGCCAAUGCAAUGGAAGAUUUUACAUUCUGUGAUGAUAGAGAAGAGAGAUAACUGUGUUAUUAUGGCAACAGGUUAUGGGAAAAGUUUAUGCUACCAGUUUCCAUCUUUGAUGACACAGGGAACAACUGUAGUUAUCUCCCCUCUAAUAUCUCUUAUGCAGGACCAGGUGUUGGGAUUACAGGCAGCUAAUAUUCCUGCAUGUUAUCUCGGAUCUGCACAAGAAAAUACAGCUAUGGUUAAGGAAAAUAUGUACAGAGGAGAAUACCGUGUUGUGUAUAUAACCCCAGAGUUCGCAGCCGUAGCUACAGAUUUACUAGGAAGUCUGAACACUAAAGUUGGAAUAGAUCUGAUUGCUAUAGAUGAAGCACAUUGUGUGUCACAGUGGGGUCAUGAUUUCAGAGAUUCAUACAGAAAACUUGGACAGCUCCGCUCAUUUUUUCCAAAUGUUCCAAUAAUGGCACUAACAGCUACUGCCACCCCUGAAGUUCGUAUUGAUAUUUGUAAAAGUCUACGUCUUAAAAAUCCAGUUAUAACCUGUACUGGAUUUGACAGACCAAACUUGUUUCUGUCAGUGAGUAUGAAGAGUGGUGAUGUAGCUCAUGAUAUUAAACAAGAGAUGGAAGUUAAAGGAAAUAAAUACACAUUCUGUGGUCCUACCAUUAUAUAUUGUCCAACAAAGAAAAUGACUGAAACUGUUGCUAGUGUUGUAAAAGGUAUCGGAGUUGCAUGUCUACCCUACCAUGCUGGAUUGACACCCAAAGCUAGGAAAGAGGCCCACAAAAGAUUUGUGAAUGAUGAUAUACAGGUUGUUGUGGCAACGGUUGCCUUUGGUAUGGGCAUAGAUAAACCAGACUGCAGGAAGGUUAUUCAUUAUGGAGCUCCCAAAGACAUAGAGUCUUACUACCAAGAAGUAGGUAGAGCAGGCAGGGAUGGUCUUCCUAGUUUUUGUCACACAUUCUAUAUGAAUAGUGACUUUAAUACCACAAGGUACCUGUUAAAAGAUAUUUCAAAUGUGAAAUUCAAGCAACAUAAGUUGAACAUGUUAUCGAAGAUGCAGCAGUAUUUAGGUGCGGCUACAUGUAGACGAAGGAUAUUGUUGUCCCAUUUUGACAGCAAGAACCUAGAGCAUGUUGGUGGAACUAUAAAUUGCUGUGAUAAUUGUAGAAGAAUAGUGGAUAUAGGUAGACAGAAGAGUUACUAUGACAACAAGAACUGGUCAUCUGUUGUAUCUAGUAUGGCAUCAAGAACAGAACCUACGGAUUACAGAAAACAAGCUAAAGAUUUCUUCACUGUGGUAGAGGCUAUAAAUGGAGGAUUUGGUUUGAACAAUACAGUGCUUAUACUGACAGGCUCUAGCAGUCAAAAGAUUAAAAAGUUCUCCAGCAGUAAAGUGUAUGGCCUGGGGAAAUACAAGAAAAUCAGUUGGUGGAAAGCAUUUGGUAAAUGUUUGAUAGAUGAAGGAUAUAUAGAGGAGAAAGCUUGUGGACAGGGAAUGUUUGGUUCAACCAUUCAGGUCUCUGAGAAAGCCCAAGACUGGAUGAGUAAUGGUGGAAUGUCGGGCAGUAAACCUCUCAAGUUUAUACCAAACACAGAACUAGCAGCAGAAGAGAAACCAUCUGUCAAUGUGUCACUCAGACCUAAUGUACCAGAGGUUAAACCAGCAGAGCUAAGGAAAUCUUUCUCCAGUCCUGUACAGAAGCCUGGAUUGAUGAAAGAUCCCUAUGAGGAUAUACAGAAUGCCAAAUAUACACCUAAGAAAGUUGUAGUGGAUGAGAGAACAGCAAAAUUAGAGUCUGACUUAUAUACCAAGUUGAUACGACAGAGGAAUGAGCUUGCCCAGGAGACCGGAUAUACUCCACACUCUAUAGCCAGUAAUAAAGUACUUCUAGACAUGGCGAAAAUCAGACCAAGUACGAGGGCAGGUUUGUUAAAGUUGGAGGACUUUCCAGAGGCCAAGGUUGAGAAGUUUGGGGCACCAUUGCUUGAAGUGAUUGUAAACUUCUGUAAAGAUAAUGAUCUUAAAACUGACAACUUUCCAGAAUCAUUUUUCGAUACUGACAAGGCUACUCGGGACCUUCAAGCAGAGAUUUACAGCUUGACGGAGACACAAAGGGCCUCCUACAUAAUGUUUGCUGUUCAGAAUAACUCUCUGGAAGAGGUAGCAUCAAGGAGAGGUAUAAAGACUAGUACAGUGAUGUCACACAUGGCUGAGGCCAUGAAAGUUGGACUGCCUGUAGAUGUUGAAGCACUGGGAGUUACUAGUCAUAUAAAGCAACUGGUGACAAAAGCUAUCCGAGGAAAUGUGGUCAAAUCAGAUAUCACCAGAUUGACCAAGAUAAAAGAUGUUCUACCAGACUACAUAGAAUAUAACCACAUCAAGAUUGUGAUAGCUUUGUUAGUGCGGCAGUACGGUCAGAUAGUGAAUAGUGAAGGGGCAAUAAUACUGCUGGAUAGCCAGUCAAGUCAGGACAAUGGACAGAUUGAUUUGACAGAUUCAGCUGAGCCCAGUCAAGGGGAAUCUUGGAACCAGCCUUCAGGAAGUAAGUAUGCUUCUGGUUCCCAGUCACAAUUAGAGGCAACACAGUCAAGUACACAAAGUGGGGGAACCAAAAGGAAACUUCCUAGCUGGAUGUCGUCUGGUACAAAUAAGAAGCCAGUAUUGACCAAGAAAAUGAAGUCAAAUAGCUUGUUUAGAUAAUGAAACAAUAAAGAAACGUUGAGACCUUUUUGUAUGGUGACCAAACAGAUUGCCAAAGUGGUUUUUCUCCCAGAGAUUUGCUACAUAACCUAGACGGGUUGUGAUGUGACUUUACUAAAAAAUCCAAGUGAAAAAGGUGAUACUUGACCAAAUUUUAUGGUUUAAUAAGUUGAUACUUGUCUUGUUCUGAAAAUGAAAUUAGUUGCUCUGCUAGGAAACUUGGUUAUGAAGUUAAUAAAAAUUUAUGAAGACUAUAGAUGUUACAGAAUUUAGAACUUCUGUUUAUUUGUUCAGGCUAGUAACACAUAUUUUAAGAUGUUUGCUUGCAAAAUAAAAAUAAAAAAAAUUAUAAGCAAAUAACUCGUAAACAAGCAUUUUAGGUCAAUGGGAAAAGAUAACGAGAUUGUUUCGAGCUUGGAUAACAUGUAUUUCAUCAGAUUUGUUAGGAGGAUAUUAAACAAAAAGUGCUUUAACUGUUUAUGAUUUAUGUUUGUAUAUAAAGUAUGAGAUGUGAAAAGUAUAUAACUGUUAAGAAUAUAUAUAUUGGAAUCCUUUACUAUAUUGUAAGAAAAACUAACCAUAAUCCAAAACAUUUUGAAAGAAGAAAUGUUUAUGAAUAUAAAGUCUUACUUAACAUUAUGGCUGAAAAGAUUUCCUUCACUCAUCAAUGACUUUCCAAGUGUUUUAACUGUUACCCUACUGGAACAGAAAGUGAUUGGUCUAUUCAACUAGUAAAGAGCCAGGUUAGCCUGUGUGUCUAUGCUCUAACCAGGCUAUUUACUGUUUAGUUUUUAUGCCCCCGCCAUGUAAUGGCCGGGGCAUAUAGUGUUACCCUGUUCCGUCCUUCCGUCAUUCCGUCAUUCUGUCAUUCCGUCAUCAUCAGUUUCCGCUCAUUAUCUUAGUAACGGUUGCACAUAUUCAACUCAAAUUUGACAUAUGGAUAUGUCAUGAGAAAAUACAGGUCAAGUUUGAAUUUGGUCAUGGUUCGAUGAUUUUUGGCAGAGUUAUGCCCCUUUUACUUUGAAAAUAAUAUGAAAUUUUCAGUUUCCGUUCAUUAUCUCCCCAACGGUACAUCUCAUUCAACUCAAAUUUGACAUAUGGAUAUGUCAUGAGAAAAUACAGGUCAAGUUCGAAUUUUGUCAUGGUUCAAUGAUUUUUGGCAGAGUUAUGCCCCUUUUACUUUGAAAAUAAUAUGAAAUUUUGAGUUUCUGUUCAUUAUCUCCACAACGGUACAACACAUUCAACUCAAAUUUGACAUAUGGAUAUGUCAUUAGAAAAUACAGGCCAAGUUCGAAUUUUGUCAUGGUUCGAUGAUUUUUGGCAGAGUUAUGCCCCUUUUACUUUGAAAAUAAUAUGAAAUUUUCAGUUUCCGUUCAUUAUCUCCCCAACAGUACAACAUUUUCAACUCAAAUUUGACAUAUGGAUAUGUCAUGAGAAAAUACAGGUCAAGUUCGAAUUUGGUCAUGGUUCGAUGAUUUUUGGCAGAGUUAUGCUCCUUUUACUUUGAAAAUAAUAUGAAAUUUUCAGUUUCUGUUUAUUAUCUCCCCAACAGUACAACACAUUCAACUCAAAUUUGACAUAUGGAUAUGUUUUUGGAAUGCCCAGGCCCAGUUCGAAUUUGUUCAUUGUUCAAUGAUUUUUGGCAGAGUAAUGCCCCUUUCACUUUGAAAUUAAUAUGAAAUUUACAGUUUCUGUUCAUUAUCUACCCAGCAGUGUUACAUAUUCAACUCAAAUUUGACAUAUGGAUAUGUCAAAGGAAUGGCAGGUCAAGUUGGAAUUUGGUCAUGGUUCGAUGAUUUUUUGGCAGAGUUAUGUCCCUUUCACUUUGAAAAUAAUAUAGAUACAUCUUAGGAAUAAGCAGUUUAAGUUUGAAUUUGGUCGUGGUUCAAUGAUUUUUGACAAACUUAUCUUUCUUGAAAAUUGGAAAAAUUUUGAACUUUCAGUUUCAGCACUCAUACUUUUGUGGAAAUGUAUGUAGCCAUUAUUUUGGCUACAAAUAUGAAAUAUGCUAUUUUCAAAAGGUUAAGACUGAAUAAUUUCAGUGCCUUGAACAUUGUAUGGAAAUGGUUUGUGUUAACAUUGAAAAGUUUUAAGGGCUUUGAACUUUAAAUGAAAACAAUAAUUUGUGCAAACAAAUUUGGAACUAAAUAUUAUAACAUCUGAAAUUUUGGCUGCAUGCGGGGGCAUCCGUGGCAUGAUGACACAUUUCUAGUUGUAUUUUGAUUCUGAAAUACCUUAAACUUGGAAUGGACUGUUCCAAAUUCAAAUCUGGGAAAAUCUAUUACACAAAUUCAGUAGUGGUAGGUUAAAGCAGUUGGUUAAAGGUUUACCUUGCCAAUUGUUAUAUUUUUUAUGGGGUAAAACAAUGGAAAUGAGAGAUCUUUACUGUAAUUUUAUAAUGAUGUGGUUUCAUUUCUAAUGUUAUUGUUUUAUCAUGUUAUUUCUUAAUACUGAAAUUCAUAAACAUAUGGAAAAGUGAUAUACAUGUACCAUCGUCGGAACCCGCGGUACACAUUCCAUAUAUACUACAUUUAAUACAUUUAUUUACUGAUACAUCUAUACGGUAAAUAGCCUGGGUUACCGAGGAUGUACAUGUUUCCUUAAUUUUGUUGUAUUAGAGGCUAUAGCAUGAUAUUAUAAACCUGGAAUUUAUUAAUUCCCUAAAGAUCUGAUGUAAAGAAUAUUUGUUUCAUUAUGUAAGUUUGGGAUAUAUUUCACCUUGUGAAUACCAGAUGUAAUGUUACCAUGGAGGGACAUGUCAGAUGGUGUUUACAAUUGAAAGAUAAUUGAACUUAACAUAAUUAUAAAACAAAACACAUUGUUUAUUUAUUUCAAGUUUUGUUCAAUGAUUGUACCCUUUAUUCUACUAGAAUUGAAAGUGAUUAGUCUUUCCUAAUAGUAUAGAGACUGACUAGCCUAUAUAACAGUGCACUCUGACCAGGCGGUAUAUACUUUUAGAAUGCUCAGUGGUCAUAUUUUGAUGCUGAAAUCUCUUGAUUUUCAAAAAAAAAUUCCAGAUUCAAAAUUUGGACAAUCCAUUGCACAAAUUCAGCUAGUUAUAUGCUAAUACAUUUUUGCAGGUAAAAAGUGAAACUAGGCACAUGACAUGUAUAUAGUAUUGCUUACUGGUAAAUUAUCUUUUUAAAAAGCUUGUAAUAAAAGAUAAUCAUUUUGUCUUUAUUUUAUUCUGGUGUCUUAGACAAAGAAACACUAGUUCUGAGUUUAGUUUAUAAAAUAUUCAUUUUAAAUAAAACAAUUAAUAAAAACUCAGCGCUUACAUUUUUCCAAAGAACUAGCCAGUAGUGGUGACAUAUUAAGAUAAACUUGGUUGUCACUUGACGAGGGCUUGAAUUCGUUAUCCCAGUUUAAGAGGGUGACCCCUUAAUCACUAGGCAACUUAUCCCAUUUUGUUAACUUUCAUCAUUAUGUAUGCCUGUGGUAUAAAUUUUGUAAAUUUAAAGGUGCAUAAACAUUACAGGUGCUAUUAAGAAGGAAAAAUAAUGUACAAAGAAAGAAAUACAAAAUGUAUGAAUAAAGCUAGUUGGAAAAUA